UUAUUUUAGUGUGUAUCAGAAGCCAGAAGGUCACAUCUGUCAUUUGGAACUUUUGGCUUCUCAUGUUUCUCACAGCUGAAGCUGAACCAGAGCGUCAGAGCGAGAGUCCCUAAUAUGUGAUGAAGGCCUUCAAUUGCGUUCUUGGGAAUUUCAGAAUCACAGGCAGAUUAGCUAUUAGCGGUAGAAUUGUUCUCUGGGGUUAAAGCCCGGUUCACCCGAGAUUUUGUGCUCUUACGGUUGCACUUCAAUUCAAGCUUCAUUCUUUAGAUUGCAUGAAGCAUGAAUUUGGCUGUAUUCCUCUUCAGACAUGGACAAAUCCAUAGCAGCCAAGACUUACAAACUUGGUGACCAGGGCACCAGUGACAUUGUUAUAUGCUUAAAAAAUAGAGAAGGAAGACCUGAAUGCUUCUACUCUCACUCCUCCAUCCUCAUAAAUAGGAGUAAAUUCUUUGCCAGUCAGCUCUCCCAUCCAAACUCUAGUACUUGCAUUGAGAUUUUCUGCUCAGAGUUUGACUAUGAUGAUCAUGUUAAUCUUUUGAGGCUGCUGUAUCUUCCUGGAGAGUUGGUUCUGGAGUCCUUGGGCUCUGUCAAAUCUGCUAUUGGUAUUCUGCAAACAGCUGUUGCCUUACAUUGUGAAGAGAUCACCCAGAGCUGCAUCCAGUACUUGGAGGCCGUUCCUUGGGAGGACAAGGAAGAGGAACAAAUUUUGAAAGCAGUUACUAAAUUGGGUCCAAUAGCCAUGCCUAUAUUAGCCAGAAUCCAACCCGUGGAUUUAACUGCCACAAAAAAUGUUUUUGUUGCUGCAGUUCGCUUUGCCAUGUCCAUUGGUGGACCACAUACUCCAUUUGGAGAUGAGCUAAAGACUUCUGCUAGAGAACAAGUUGAAUACAUGCUAGGGGAAGAUGAAGAGACACCAUUAGUUACUGCAGAUCAUGAGUUGACAUCAGUGGUAAGAAUUGGCCUUUCAAAGAUAUGUUCAUCAUUUGAAAGUGAGUUAUCCUCUCUGCUUUUGGAGUCUGAACUUGCGUGCGAGACAGCAGAGGAUAAAAUUUUGCAGACUUUAUCUGAUAUCGAAUGGAUGAGUAACAUACUUCCUAAGAUGGAUUUAAUGAAGGACUUUGUGUCUAAGUGGAUUGAGAUCUCUGCUGGUGUUUUAGGGAUGGUUGAAGAUAAGAAACUCGUUUGUGCCAUGUGGGGUGUGAAAGUAAAGUUGAUAGAAGUGACCAGUAAAGUCAUGGAAGCAGUUGGCUAUGGCAGUGUGAUUCUUCCAGCACCAUGCCGGGUGCAAUUGCUAAAGACAUGGCUCCCUUACAUACGGAAGAUAAAGCCUCUCUUGGACUUAAAGGGCAACAAGGGGAUGGGUUUUCCUUACAAGAUGAGCGAAGACCUGUGCCAGAGCAUCGAGGGGGCAAUGGUGGCAUUGAUACUGGCAUUGCCAUCAAAUGAUCAAGCUGAUAUUUUGGGAGAUUGGAUGAGAACCGAGCAACCACUGUUUCCUGAUCUGAGCGAGGCUUUUGAGGUCUGGUGUUACAGAACCAAGUCUGCAAAGAGAAGGUUAGUGCAGGGAUUAGACAAUGUUAACAAUGCCACUGUCAGCCUUUGAAUUCUCUCUGUUGCAAUAUAAUCAUUUUAUGAAAUCUGAUGAACGUGAAAAUCCUAUUCAUGUAUUUUGAAGGAACUAAGUUCUAUCUGAAUUUUUUUUUUU